AAAGGGAAGGAUGCGGGGUACCAGGGGAGGAGGAGAAGAGGUAAGAGGCCAGAGUGAGGAAUUGAAGGGGAAGAAUUAGCCGAAGCUGGACGAAUGGAUGUCCAUGCCAUCGGGUUGGAGGCUACCAAGACGCAAUGAGGUGUUGCUCCUCCAGCCUGAGGGGGGCCUCAUCGUGGCCGAAGAGGAGGCAUGUCGGAAUGGGAAUGGGGAUAAGAACUGAAGUGGCCGGCCACUGGGAAAUCCUUUUCGCGGAAGGAACGGACGGGCUCGACAAUGCCGUCCCCCAAUCUCCAGACGUCGGAUCUGCUCAGUGUAGCGGAGGCCGGCUCGGGAGCACCGGAAUCGCAGGACAAUCCCACCAUAAGGAAAAGCCAGGCAGACUGCACGAAUCGAACUAUAGAGACCUUUUUGAAAUUUCUUCAGGUGUGCUGCAGCAGAUGUCAACCAGGAACGUAUCAGAUCCAGGCCUGCUCCCGGGAUGCGGACACACAAUGCGGGCCGUGUGGGACAGACCGGUACACAGAACAUUGGAAUACACUGAGGAAGUGCAGGGGAUGUGAAGCUCCUUGUAGUGAUGACCAGGACGAGGUUCAACCCUGCACACCGACGUCCAUGAGGGUGUGUCAAUGCGUUAACGGUUUCCACUGCAUCGAUCUCUCUGGCAAAACGUGUAACCAGUGCCGGAAACAUACCGAAUGUAAGGAGGGUUACGGUGUUGUUGAGAAAGGAACGAAAGACAGUGACGUGAAAUGUGAGCGAUGUGCUCCAGGAACAUUCUCGGAUAAAGUAUCCUCCACUGAACCGUGCAGACCCCACACAGUGUGUGCAGCGGAAGGCAGAAAGACUUCACGGGAAGGAAGCGACGUAGAAGACACAAAAUGCAGCUCCGAAUUUUUACCGGUACCCCCUGUUCCAAAAUCUACGACCCCGUCUUCUAGUCUGACACAGGGCACGUAUCAGACAAAGAAGGAAGAGCCAACUACAACUGUUUCUGUGACCAAGGAGGAGGAGACAUCUGCUUCUAUAUGGGUGAUACCAAUAUGUGUCGUGACUUUCAUCCUACUCGUGAUUGCGAUAGCAGUCUGUUUUAUUUGCAAGAGGAAAGGAAGGAUGCGUGAACCAAAGGCUGAAGUGGCUGAGAAGGACGUCUGUCGGGUGGAGACAGUCUGUUUAAUUGCUGGCAAUGAAAGUAAUCCAGUGGGAGUGGUCUCCGGGGACAGGAGCUGUGGGCAGAACGGUGGGCCUGCGCCUCUGGAGGGCCAGGUCCCCUCCUUGUUGAGGUCCGUCAGCAAAGAGUCGCGAGGUGUCAGGAGGAAGCUGGAGGCGGAGGGUGGCCCGAAGGAGGAGGAUCAGCUCCAGAGCCACUACGCGCCCUUGAACAGUUACUCACAGGUGGAUUGUCAGGAAGACCAGGGGUACAUCAGCCGGGAGUCGCGACCCAGCUCAGGAACCCCUUCACCUGUGAUCGAGUUCAGUGGCAAUCCGACCGUGAGUGUGACGAUAAACACCAGCAGGUACUUUGUCAACUGCUACCAUCACCCAGAAGACAGAUCUGCCGAGCCAGGAACGAGUGAGGAGCAGUAUCGUGCUCCGGAGGCAGAGGAGGGAGCAGAAGUAGAUGAGGGGUUUCCGGUUCAGGAAGAACAAAGGGAUUCAGACUCGGAGACGUGGAAAGAGGAUGGAGGCUCGGUGAAGAAGGAUCGUUGGUGGUGUAAACCAGUGCUGCAUCAGGAGAACGGGAAGGAGUCACACCUCCCAGUCCAGGACACUUCCGGGAAAGUUUACUGAGUGAGGAAUGGAGGUCAUGGAAUGUCCCGUGCCCUCAUACUGAAGGCAGCUUGUGCCCCGUUGGGCUUGUGAAUGAGGCUCCUGCUUAAUCUACUGAUGUUCGACUCUCCUGUGAAACUCUUGAAAUGUCACCCAUUUGAACGUGAGCCAAGUAAUGGGUUUUGGAGAAUUCCUGGGGAUCUCCAGUUCAGACCUCAAUACCUCACUGAAACAUGCAGUAGUUUUUAUGAUGAUGGCAAUCCAGCCCAGAUUCCAUGGGUUGUUAUUGAGUUCAUUAAGUGCUGAGUGUCUCUAAAUGCUGAGUCAUUUCACGACAUUACCAGGCAAAUCAGGGAACUGACCUCCAUCCAGUGUGACCCUUUCUAUAUCACAAUAUGUAACACUAGCUUCCCCACUCAAAACCUCAGGAGGCUACAAAUAGAGGGAAACUUCCUUUCUCAUUGCUCCUGCUUGUUGCCAGUUGAGGAAGAACAAGCCUGAAUUUCCUGGAAUACCUCCCUCCCUCCCUCAUACAGGGCAAUGUUCCCCACACAGUCUUGCUCGUGCAUUGGUGCUCACAGCCGAGUCUUCAGACUGUUACAGUGCUGCUCAGUUCCCCAAAGAAAAAGUUGUGUAUCAUUUAAAGAUCCAAUGCAAAUCUGAUCCUGGAAAGCUUAAGAACCCCAUCCUUCCCAAUUCUCCAAUCAACCAACUGAAGUGAAGUAGGCCUGUGUCUUGGAGAUUGAAAUAAUGGGGUGAUCUGAUUGAAAUACACAAGGCAGAUAUUGAAAGGUGGUUUCCCCUGGCUGGAGAUCCUGAAAUGAUACUCAGGCAAGGAGCAGCUGUUUAAAACAGAUGAAGAGAAAUCUCUUCACUUUGAAAUGUCCUAGUUCAGAGGAUUGAGAACAUUCAUUUGAUAGAAAGAUGUAUUUCUGGAUUUUAAUGGAGUCAAUGAAUAUAGGGAAAAAAACAGGUAGACUUGAGGUAGGUUAAGGGUUGACGUGACCUACUGCUGUUUGAGACAGUCCAUUCCUUCAUUGCCCCAUCUCAGACCACCCUGAGGUCUUUUCUCCCAACUGCAGAGUCCCAGCUCUGUUAUACCUUAAUCAUUCUACCCCGUUCUCUCAGAGCUGCAUCUGGCGAUGUUCUGACGCUCAGCUAAAGUGUGGGAGUGCAUUUCAUGCAUUUGGGCAUGUUUGAAUUGGAAGUUAAUGAGCUUCUGAUGGUUCAUCCUCCCAAAACUAAUAUAACGUCAUCAAACAUCACCUUGGAGUGGCUUCCGCUGGUACCCCAAAAUACACACUGGAUUGAAAAAAAAGCUAUGUAAAUAUGAAUAUUUACAUCUAUAUUAAUGUUUAUUAUUCAAAAUUAUUAACAUAGUGAAAACAGCAACACCUUUUCACUUCACCUUGCCAUGUGGCCCAAUGCCUGUCUGCUCUUUCUGUCUCUCCCUGUUCUUCUUUACUUCCCAUUCAUUUUCCCAACUAUUUAUUCAAUUUUGAUCUUUUUCUUCCCUCUUCUAAUUUCACCAUACCCUGCUCUUUCUCUAGCCCUCUCCGUUCUCCCUCUCUAAUUUUUUCUUUAAUUCAGAUGGAAGACUGGCAAACAUAUGAGGGAGGGUGGCACAUGGUUGAUGUGAUUCCUUGUAAGUAAACAUUUACAUGUACAGCAGAACUGAUAAUAAACACUUUUGUAUUUUU